AUGGAAAUGGACGUCCCGUAUCGGUUUCCCUUGGAGGACGCACGCUGGCGAAAGCACCUCUCGGAGGAGGGCUUCGUGGUUCUCGCCGGGGCACUCUCGCCUGAGGAGGUUGAGACAGGGAAGGAUCUCUUGUGGACCGACCUCGAGGCUGCCUAUGGCGUGGCACGGGACAGCCUCGAGUCCUGGAAGAAGUGGCCCCUAAGCUGCACGGGCCUCAAUACCAUGAUCACCCAGGAUGCUGGGGCCUGGUAUGUAAGAGCUCGGCCUGGGGUCAAAGCUGCCUUUGAACAGAUCUGGGAGUCUCCAGACCUGAUUGUCUCCAUGGAUGCCCUCCUCAUCUGGCGGCCCUGGUGGCUGGAGGCCGGCUGGCGGCCCUGCACAGAGGGCCUUCACCUGGAUCAGAACCCGUUCAGCAAGCCGGACUUGGAAACUGUCCAAGGCAUGGUCCCUUUGCUGACUGUCAACGCCACCACCGGGGGCUUAGAAGUGGUGCCUCGCAGCCACACGCCCGAGGCGAAGGCCGACCUUUGUCGCGAGUACCCGCACUUGAAAUACACUGGAGAUUGGUGCCCCCUGGAUCGGUCAUAUGAAGAUGCAGUCCUCUUGCACGCUGAGCCGGGAGACCUCGUCUUAUGGGACUCGCGGACAAUCCAUGGAGGGCGUGUGGGGGACGGACAGGUCGAGUCCUUGCCACGUUCUCUGGACCUCGCCAGGCUCUCGGUGACUGUGGCAAUGGUUCCGCGCGCGCGAGCAACCCCGGAGGUUCUGCAGGCUCGGAGAGAAGGUUUCCUGAAAGGGCGAAACUUCAACCACUCGCCCCACGAAGCGGGCACAAGCUCCGGCACGGUGGCCAGUAGAUCUAAGAAGCGCCACUCAAUGACUGAGCUCAACGAAUCGCAGCUCGCAUUGCUCUAG